CUUCUUUCUUGAUCCCGUUUCCCACCGCAGUUAUCGUAUUAUUUCAGAGUAGAGAAACAAAAGCAAAACCAAGCAUGGCAACGACACUCGCAAACAGAGCUGCUGCGAAUCAAAACAUUGGGCUAUCGAGACUCGUGUCCAACUUCUUGAGAAACCUCUCCACUGCCAGUUCUACUCAAAACCCUGGCGCCUCCUCCUCCUCUUCAGCUUCCAAAAAACCCAAGCGGAAAAAGAAGAAGAACCUGUUUGAGGUAGCUCAGAUCUUACCCAACUGGGGACUUGGUUACCACAUGGCCAAAACUCAUUGGACUGAUGUUUCUUAUCAGAUCACUAAGAUCAAUCUUUACAAGGAUGGAAGGCAUGGCAAGGCAUGGGGAGUUGCUCACAAAGACGGCUUGCCAGCUGCAGAUGCUCCCAAGAAAAUAAGUGGAGUUCACAAGCGCUGUUGGAGAUACCUUCCACAUUUGUCAAAACCAGGAAAAAUGACUCCAAACUUGAUAAAACCAACAGAAAAUGCCCCAAAGCCUGAAGCCCAAGUAGCUUGAUGCAUUGCCUCAAAUUCUGGAUGCUAGUAACCUGCUAUUGUAUUGUCAUUGGCUGAUUCUUUUGCACUCAAGAGGCAGAGUUAAUCUUCGGAUAUGGUAGUGGUUCAAAAUUCAUUUCAAGAUGCAUGUGAACUUUCAUAUGCUAUCAACUUUGCGCUUUGGAACUGCUCAAUUUUUACUGGUUCAAAUGGGAAAUCUGUAGUCAGAACUAAAAGUUUUGUGAAAGAGUUAAUUUCAUUUAAACAUUUUUUUUGUUUGGAGUGGCAUUUUGGUUAGUUGUAUCUCUGAUGCUUCUGCAUAUCUUUCAUUUGGUUUUGACGACUAUUGACAAACUAAACCGUGGACUGUCCAGUGGAUGAGUUAGCACAGCCAAUGACAGUUUUCAUUUGAUUCCUCUUAGCUUAGUUGUUUCUUCGAAGUACCUGUACAUAUGGAAUGUGAGCAAUGUGAUUAUUGGGCAAGUACAGUGAAUGAUGUUUCUGCUUGUAA